CGGCGGCGCGGAAGCGGUGGCGCGGCGGCAGCCAUGUCGCCUUUGUCUGCGGCGCGGGCGGCCCUGCGGGUCUACGCGGCCGGCGCCGCCGUGGUGCUGGCGCAGCUGCUGCGCCGCUGCGCGGGGCUCGUGGAGCCAGCAGGUCCCCACGCAUGAGCGGCCGGCGGGUUCCGGUGGGGACGCCAUGGAGGGCAAAGGCGCGGACGGCUGCCAGGCGGACCUGAAGCUGGUGGCGCACCCGCGCGCCAAGAGCAAGGUGUGGAAGUACUUCGGCUUCGACACCAACGCGGAGGGCUGCAUCCUGCAGUGGAAGAAGAUCUACUGCCGCAUCUGCAUGGCCCAGAUCGCGUACUCGGGCAACACCUCCAACCUGUCCUACCACCUGGAGAAGAACCACCCCGAGGAGUUCUGCGAGUUCGUCAAGAGCAACACGGAGCAGAUGCGCGAGGCCUUCGCCACCGCCUUCUCCAAGCUCAAGCCCGAGUCCUCGCAGCAGCCGGCGCCCGACGUGCUGGCCGCCAAGUCCGGCCACGCGCAUGAGAGCAAGAAGCAGCAGGAGCUGACGGCCGCCGUGGUGGCGCUCGUCUGCGAGGGGCUGUACCCGGCGUCCAUCGUGGACGAGCCCACCUUCCGGGCGCUGCUGAAGACGGCAGACCCGCGCUACGAGGUCCCGAGCAGGAAGUACCUGUGCAGCAAGGCCAUCCCUGAGAAGUACGGCGCCGUCCGGGACGCGAUACUCAAGGAGCUGUCCCACGCCUCCUGGUGCGGUGUCUCCACGGACAUGUGGCGCAGCGACAACCAGAACCGCGCCUACGUCACGCUGGCGGUGCACUUCCUGGGCGUCGGCCCCCCGAACUGCCUCUCCCUGGCCUCCAGGUGCCUGAAGACGUUCGAGGUGCCCGAGGAGAACGCCGCGGAGACCAUUACGCGCGUGCUCUACGAGGUCUUCAUCGAGUGGGGCGUCAGCGCCAAAGUCUUCGGGGCCACCUCCGACUACGGCAAGGACGUGGUGAAGGCGUGCUCGCUGCUGGACAUCGCCGUGCAGAUGCCCUGCCUCGGGCACACCUUCAACGCGGGCAUGCAGCAGGCGUUCCAGCUGCCCAAGCUGGCCGGCUUGCUGGCGCGCUGCCGCAAGCUGGUGGAGUACUUCCAGCAGUCGGCCGUGGCCAUGUGCAUGCUGUACCAGAAGCAGAAGCAGCACAGCGCCGCGCACUGCAUGCUGGUGAGCGACCGCGUCCGCUGGUGGGGCAGCACCUUGGCCAUGCUGCGCAGGCUCCGCGAGCAGCAGUUCGCCAUCGCCGGCGUCCUGGUGGAGGACAGCAACAACCACCACCUCAUGCUGGAGGCCUCCGAGUGGGCCACCAUCGAGGGCCUCGUGGAGCUGCUGCAGCCCUUCCGGCAGGUGGCGGAGAUGCUGUGCGCCUCCAAGUACCCGACCAUCAGCAUGGUGAAGCCGCUGCUGCACAUGCUCCUGAACACCACGCUCAACGUCAAGGAGGCGGACUCCAAGGAGAUCAGCAUGGCCAAAGAGGUCAUCGCCAAGGAGCUCUCCAAGACCUACCAGGAGACGCCGGAGAUCGACAUGUUCCUCAACGUGGCCACCUUCCUGGACCCACGCUACAAGCGGCUGCCCUUCCUCUCUGCCUUCGAGAGGCAACAGGUGGAGAACCGCGUCGUGGAGGAGGCCAAGGGCCUCCUGGACAAGGUCAAGGACGGCGGCUACCGGCCGGCUGCGGCGGCGGCGCCCGAGGAGAAGCUGUCCCCCCUGCCCGAGGAGGCUCCCCCGGCCAAGAAGCUCGCGCUGGCCGCCGCGCCCACGCCGCCGCCGCCCGCCAGCGUCAUCAACAACAUGCUGGCCGAGAUCUUCUGCCAGGCGGGCGGCGUGGAGGACCAGGAGGAGUGGCACGCGCAGGUGGUGGAGGAGCUCAGCAACUUCAAGUCGCAGAAGGUGCUGGGGCUCGGGGAGGACCCGCUCAAGUGGUGGUCCGACCGCCUGGCCUUGUUCCCGCUGCUGCCCAGGGUGCUGCAGAAGUACUGGUGCGUGACGGCCACGCGCGUCGCGCCCGAGCGCCUCUUCGGCUCCGCGGCCAACGUGGUCAGCGCCAAGAGGAACCGGCUGGCCCCCGCGCACGUGGACGAGCAGGUCUUCCUGUACGAGAACGCGCGCAGCGGCGGCGGCGCGGAGCCCGAGCUGGAGGACCAGGAUGAGGGCGAGUGGGGCUUGGACCACGAGCAGGUGUUUUCCUUGGCGGACGGCGUCGGCGGCGGCUUCUUUGGCAUCAGGGACGGCGGCUUUCUGUAGGAAGGACGCGUCUUUGCCGCAGCCGGGUGGCCGGUGCCAUGCUUUGCUGUAAAUAUAGACCCCACCCCACCCCUGGCUUGGUGUCGAACCUCAAAGUACAGCCGGGGUCUUUGAAACCAAGAGGAAGAGGCGUGGGGAAAAAAAUAAUGAAGAGACGCAGGAAGACAAAAGACGCAGCCUUGCGUUCCAAACCGCGCGCCCUGCUCUGCGCGCGGAUUUCCCGCUUGGCACCGGCCCCCCUGUGGGACGUUCUUCCCUUCCCGGCCGGCUAGGACAUCCUGCGUAAUUCCCAGUGCCAGUCCUCCCUGGGAGGGUUCCGAAAUAAACCCAGGAAGGUUCCCGGGGUGUUGGGAUAGAACCGGCCGUUCCCCAGCGACGCCCCGCGCGGGACUGGAGCGCUGGGGUGUCCACCGUGUGCGCGCGCGUUCAUGUUUACAUUUCCACACCGAGCCAGCGAGCGGGAACCUUGCUUCUGGGAAACGUGGAAGAGAUUCCCAUGGCCAGAGUGCCCUUCCUGAAAAGAGGGAGACUCGUUUUAUGUUUGGGGGAAAAAAGGCGUGAACCAUGAGCAUACAAUGCAGACUCUUAUAAAAAUGGAAGAAAAAAAAAAAAAAAA